UAGGUCUUGCAAGAAAGGGAUUGGUGAAGUAUUUGGGUUUUGUCUAUUUUUUAUGAUUGAUUUCCUGUUCAGGAGUCUUUUUAUAAAAAAAAAAAAAAAUGAAGAAACAGAAUUUUUUGUUAGACUCGGAUCUGGUCUGUCACCCAAACAUCCCUUUAUAAAAAAAGAAAACGCAGAUUGAACUAGAAAGAGAAGAUUUCCUGCUCAUUAACUGGGAUAUCAUACGUUUUAAAUGAUGUAUAUCUGACAUCUCCUAAACAAGAAGUGUGCUAGACUCUGGUAGAGAGAAUCCGGCUAGGAAUCUGAAAAGAUUCUCCUCUCUCUCCUUCCAAGCAAAUGUAAAUUCAAAUUUUUUUACAAUUUCUCCAAAGAAUCAAACCUCUGGUUUAGCGACAUGGAUAGCUUUCCGAACAUAUUCUGCGGUUGGAGUUGGGAAGAGAACAAGCUAUUUGAACUGGCUUUAACAAUGGUGGACGAACAAGUACCAGAUCGAUGGGAGCUGGUGGCUGCCAUGGUUGGUGGAGAGAAGAGUGCGGAGGAUGUGCAGAAACAUUAUGUGAUUCUUUUGGAAGAUUUGCAGUUCAUAGAAUCUGGUAAACUCGACCAUAAACUUGGUGGAGAAGCUUUUCAAGUUGAACUAGACUGUAAUCAAUCUCUAUGCUGGACUGAUGAAGAUAACAGCUUGCUGCUCCAAUUGAACAUAAAUUGAUUGAUUUCAAGAGAUGGUGGAUUCAUUGCUGUUCAUGAGAUGGAGGAUUCAUUGCUGCUCAAAUUCAUGAACAUAGCUUAUGAUUUAGGUAAUUUUAUCAUUAGAUCUCUGUGGUAAAUUUAGUUUGCAGACUUAAUCAAUCCAUAGUUUGUAGUAGAUAAAAUUUUCUAGAAAAAUGCCAGCCAGGGAACUGGAACUUAUACUCCAACUCCAAGAAAAUUAGGUUUCAACUUUCUGUUUUA